GUCUUCUUCCUCCACUGAUCUGAGAUCGAGACCUGCGCGUGAGGAUUUGCUUUGCGGUUGUGUUAGGGUCACGUUCGGGCUCGGUUCUCCAGUGCAUGGCAGUGAGCUUGGUGUCGAAUGAGGUGUCGGACCUCUGCAUCGGGAAGCCGGCGCUAAGAUCGCUGCCGCUCUCCGCCGCCGCCGUCGGCGACGCCCUCCUCGCCCUCAGGAGAGGCGGAGAGCCCCACCUCGCUGUGCUGGCCGCCGACCGGGCGGCACCGGAGAAGAGGGCCGUCGUCGGGAAGCUCUGCGUCGCGGACGUGCUUUGCUACCUCUGCUCCGACGGAAACCUCGCGUCGCCGGCCGCCGCGCUCGAGCGGCCCGUCUCCGCCCUCCUCCCCAAGGGCGCUGGCCUCGUCCGCCGCGUCGAGCCGCAGUUUAGCGUCUCGGAAGCCCUUGAUCUGAUCCUGGACGGAGCGCCGAGCCUUGUGGUCCCUAUUGGCUCCGUCAGCCGGAAGAAGCUCGCCGCCGCCGAAUUCUGCUGGCUGACACAGGAGGACUUCGUCCGCUACUUCCUCAACUCCAUCGCCCUGUUCUCCCCUGUCCCCGCCCUCUCCAUCGACGCCCUCGGCCUCGUCCGCUCCGCGGACGCGCUCGCCAUCCGCCACGACGAGCCGGGCCUCUCCAUCAUCCCCCUCGUCCGCCGCGCCCUCUCCGACCAGACUGCCGUCGCCGUCGUCACCGACGAUGGGCGGCUGCUGGGCGAGAUCUCCCCAGCCGCCCUUUCUGCCUGCGACGAGACGGUGGCCGUGGCCGCCGGCAUCGCCACCCUCACGGCGGGCGACCUCAUGGCCUUCAUCGACUACUACGGUUCUCCGUCGGAGUCCCUUGUCCGCGCGAUCAAAGCCGGGCUGAAAGAGAAGGGAUUGCAGGAGAUGCUUGAGCUGAUGGAAGACGAGCUGUCCUCGUUCUCCAUCUCAUCCUCCUCGGCCUCUUCCUCGUCCUCCGACGACGAGUCAAGCGGGGGAAGGCGGCUGCGGAAACUGCGGUCGAGGAGCUUCUCCAUCGGGAGGCGAUCGGAGGAGCCGGAGGUCUGCCAUCCCGGGAGCUCGCUGGUGGCGGUGAUGGUGCAGGCCCUGGCGCACCGGGUGAGCUACCUGUGGGUGGUCGACGAGGACGACUACGGCCUCAUGGGAAUCGUGACGUUUGCUGACAUGCUGAGGGUUUUCCGGGAGCAGCUUCAGCAGUCUUCUCUCUGAGACGGAAGAGUGCAAGUCGAUCACAUGGGCGGAGGAUGAACGAGGGCGGUGAUGGCAGCUGUUGUGGAUGAGUCUGUGUAUUGUUUGGGUGUGAGAACGCUUUCUCCAUUCCCUCCCAUGGUUUUUGGAGAUCCUGCUUUGUUUAUUAUGUUUCUGGUAAUAAGGACUCAACCUACCAUCAAAUCCGUAUCACUUUUGUAUUUGUUGCAGUUACUAUUUUCUGUUCUUAUCUCAUCUGCCACCAAGGCGUGGCCUGUUCUGAA